GUGUCUACAAAUAUAUCAGCAACAAAAGGAGGGCUAAGGACAAUCUCCAUCCUUUAUUGGAUGCACAUGGAAACAUAAUGACAACAGAUGAGGAAAAGGCUGAGGUCUUGAAUGCCUUUUUUGCCUUUACUAACAAGACCAGUUGUCCUCAGCCCCCUGAGCUGGAAGACAGGGAUUGGAAGUAGAUAUAUCAAUAUCUUUAUCAAUGACAAAGACCAUGAAAUCAUGUGCAACCUCAGCAAGUUUGCAGAUGAAGCUGAGUAGUGCAUUUGACACCACAAAACGACAGGAUGCCAUCCAGAGGGAUCUGGACAAACCCGAGAAGUGGGACAAUAAGAACCUCGUGUAGUUCAACAAGUUCAAGUGCAAGGUGCUGCACAUGAGCCAGGGCAAUCCCAGUCAUGAGUACAGACUGAACUGAACUCAUUUAGAGCAGCUCUGCAGAGAAGGCCUUGGGGGUUCUUAAGGAUGAAAGGUUGAACAUGAGCUGACAGUGUGCACUAGCAGCCCAGAAAGCCAACCACAUCCUAGGCUACAUCAAAAGAAAGGGGGCCAGCAGGUUGAGUGAGGUGAUUCUGCCCCUCUACACUGCUCUCGUGAGACCCCAGCUGGAGUGCUGCAUCCAUCUCUGGAGGCCCCAGCAGUGGAAGGACAUGGACCUGUUGGAUCAAAUUCAGAGGACGGCCACAAAGAUGAUCAGAGGGCUAGUGCACCUCUCCUAUAAGACAGGCUAAGAGAAUUGGGAUUGUUCAGUCUGAAGAAGAGUAGGCUUUAGGGUGACCUAAUUGCAGCUUUCCAGUACCUGAAGGGAGUCUACAAGAAAGCUGGAGAGGGACUUUUGACAAGGGCAUGUAGUGGUACAACAAGGAAGCAUGGCUUCAAGCUGAAGGAGGAUAGACUUAGAUUAGAUAUUAGAAAGAAAUUCUUUACUGUGAGGGUCGUGAGGCACUGCAAGAGGUUGCCCAGACAAGUUAUGGAUGCUCCCUCCUUGGAACUGUUCAAGACCAGACUGGAUGAAGCUCUAAGCAACUCAGUCUAGUGGAAGGUGUCCCUGCCCAUGGCAGGGGGUUGGAACUAUAGGAUCACAGAAUCAUUUAGGUUGGAAAAGACCUCUAAGAUCAUUAAGUCCAACCACUGACUGAUCACCUUGUCUAUUAGACCAAGUGCCAAACAGGUGUUUACCAUGAAGUGCUAUAUGCAGUUUUUCCUUGAACAGCUCCAGAGAUAGUGACUCCACCACCUCCCUGAACAGUCAAUUCCAAUGCUUAACAACCCUUUCUGGGAAGAAAGUCUUCCUGAUGUCCAGCCAAACCUUUUCUGGUGCAGCUUAGGACUGUGUCCUCUUGUCGUGUCACUAGUUGCCUGGGAGAAGAGACUGACCUUCACCCGGCUACAACCUCCUUUCAGGUAGUUGUAGAGAGUGGUAAGGUCACCCCUGAGCCUCCUUUUCUCCAGGCUAAACACCCUCAGCUCCUUCAGCUGCUCCUCACAGGACUCAGAACCUUCCGACCCAAACCAUUCUAUUAUUCUAUAAGGGGGAAGACUGGCAAGCUAUAGCCGCAAUGAAAACCAUAGUGGAGAAAAAUGAUUUUCUUUUAGCAUGGGCAGUGUCAAGCUAGCAGGGGAGGAAGCUGUCUUGUGUAGUGAUAAGCCAAACCUAUGGCUUGAAUUCCUUUGUUGCACAUGGACUUCUUAAAACCAGCGUGUUUGGAAUGAAUGGAGAAAAGAAACUGGUAUCUAGAAUAGAUGAAAUGGUUUAACGUGGGGUAGUUAUGAGGUCAAAGCACACUAUUUUGCAGGAAUGUUCCUUCCCAGUGCUCCAUUUGCCAGCAUAUGAACUUAGACUUUCCAUUUGCCUUGGCACCUGAGAUAAAAGGUGGAAGCAAAUAUUCAUGGAAUUCCUCUAUUGCAUUAUAAAAUAUAUACAAAAAAUACAAUGAAAAAUCUUCAUUAGAGAAGUAAUUUACAGCAUUUUAAAGGUGUUAGAAAGAUAUAAAAUUGUGCAUUUGUUUAGCUUUAGUAUUUUGUAAUGGAUACAUAUAUAGCUAGAUGAUCUUUUAAGGUCAUAUCUUUUUUGCAUGACAUCAAAGACAUGAUAACCUUUGUAGAAUAAUGAUCUGCUGCGUCUACUUGGAAAUACAACUGUGCUUUGCCAACUUUUUUCCUCAUUUCAUUCUAGGUUAGAGUGGUUGGUCUGUGCUUCACCCACAGGAAGGGAAAUAAACAACAAUCUGCAGCUUCAUAUCACUCAUUUACUUCUUCCAGUCAUUACUUUUAAUGAACUAUUUGUUUCUAAAUAAAGCAAUAAGGAUAAUUUUUUUGCUUAGUGCAAUAAUCAAGAAACUGGCUGACUGGGGAUGAACAAUUAAUUAUUCUUUUGAAAAAACCAACCAACCAACCAAAAAACCCAAAAACAAAACCCUAAAACCAAACCCUAGUGGACUAAGUCAAGUGUAACUUUUGUGAGGAGGCAAGGACAACUGAUCUGUUAACACAAGAGAAUAAAACACUUGGACCUAGUGACACCAGGGAUGGCAUCUCCAGCUCGUCAUUGAGAGGACAAAACUUUUUUGCAAGAGGAAAGAAAGAACUUGCGUGUCUGGGAAAUACAAUGAGUAUGAAGGAGUUUACCUGUUUAAAUCAGUAGAAGGAUUAAACUCAUAUAACUAUUACAAUUUUGAAAAAAUACUUGUGUAUAAUUUAUGGAAAUACCUGUAACAUUACGUAAUAAUUUUCUCGAAGUACAUACAUUUUUUAUUGAUUUCAUGAUAACUUUGAUGUGUUUAACUUUGAUACUUUUUCAAAAGUGAUACAUCUUCAUGGCCAUAUUGCAUCUAACACAAUAAUGCACUUCAGGCCAUUUUUCCAAAGUAAUAAACAUUCCCACUAAAUGAAAAGAUUUGGUUCCAUGUUACACAUUUUGUAUCCACUCUGAUUGCUGUUACUCGUUUUAGUUAAUACUGUCAUAGGUGAUAGGGGAUACAUUUUUCCUCACAUUGGCAGUACAUCCAGUCCAAGGUUGCUUAAGCAACAUCAGGGCAUCCAAAAAGUUUGCUUAUGAGAAUAACUGUGCUCAGCUUAAUUUGUGAGUUUUUAAAGCCUCCCAAAUACCUAUGUGCUGAACAUAAAGGGGGCCCUCAAAUAGUAUCAUCAAUUUGCUCAGAGUGACUACCAAAAUGGGAAUCAAGCCAACCAUAUAGCAAUGGGUGCAACAACAGGAAAAAAAUACUUUAGGAAUGAGGCCUACAGCCAUGAGAUAUGCCAUGGGAUAUCUGGUGAAGGGAUUUCCAAGAGAUAUGCUGCAUCCAGCUCCUCUGAUCUCUGAGAACCAGCUGGAAAGCUGGGGGAUUUAUUUUCUUACUCUCAAUUCAAGAAAUACAGAGCCAAGUCUCAGACUGAAAAACCAGUUUUUCUGACCUUUUCAUCCAGACACUGUCACCUACAGAGCAUUGCUUUUACCUUUACAUAUAUAUUCACAGGAGGCAGGGGAGGCGGCAAAACAGCAGUUUAAGAGUAGCUUGCAUCAAAAUAUAAUCAAAAACAGGAGCCAGAUUUCCCAAGGUACUGUGUUAGUUCUAACCUCCUCUAUUAUAUGGCUAGGGAAAGCAAAUGGCUGAAUUUUAACAUGCUUUUUGUCUUCUCUAUUCAUUCUUUUCCCAUUUAAUGCCAUAAUUCAGACCUGUACUCAACUGGGCUCGAUAUUAACUGUUGUUCAGUUACUCAUAUGGGAGGAAAAAGAAUAUUGUAUCUAAGUAUCUAACUUGUUCCCCUGUGAGUAUUUGUAUUUGCAUGGCACUUGCAGUCUCUAAGUGAGACCAAGGCCUCAUUUAAUUAGCAGUGUGCAUGUAUCAAAAACCACAAAGGUAUAUUAACACACAUUUUUAUACACAUACACACACACACAUACACACACACAUUUUAAUGAUAUGACAUCUGUCCUUUGAGUCUAAAUGGUCAAGAGAAAUAAAGAUGAGGAGAAAGAAAAUAUUUUCCCUGAAAGAAAACAGGUAGAGAAAGCUUAACUGAAUCUUGGAAGUAUAAAUUACGGUAAGGAGACAGGAUGGCAGUAGCAUUCAGCAGGUCCCUGUCCCAUCAUUGUGAGUGUUUCUUUAUUGCAACAUGUUCUACAACUGGUAGAAUAUUAAAAAAAAAAAUAUUUCUGAAACUCUUUAUUUCAAAUCCUUAUACUUCGUAUAGAAUUUUUGAGGGGAAGAGAAUAAUCUGACAUAUAUAUAACAUUCUAAUAUCCAGCUGAAAUAAAAAGGAAAGUGGCAAAAAAAAAAAGACUGUGAAGUCAUAAAGCAGAAAAUGAAAGUGUUCUCGAAAGCAUACACAAGGGGGAAAACCUUAAAAACCAAAAAAUGAUGAACGAAAACUUCUUCUACAGAAUAAUUAGAUUUCAAGACUUUGAAGAAACUGGAGCCUACAAAUGCCUUCAAAGUAUCCUAGCCCGUCUCAGAAUUUAUAGACAGGAAAGGAGGAAUAUUAGAGCCUGCUGUAUCAUGAAUGCUUUUGGCUUGAUACAAAUUGGCCUCAUACUGUUGUGCACCACCAUCAUCUGCAAUCAUCAGUGCAACCAUCUUCUAUUACAGCAAAGAAAAAUGAUUGAAAACAGCCUGCAACUUUUGGACAAAAUGGGCAAAAACUUUCCUCAACGAUGUCUAAGAGAGAAAACGUCCUUCAGAUUUCCUAAGCAGGUUCUACAGCCCAGACAGAAAGAGACUGUCAGAGUUGCCAUUGAAGAGAUCUUCCAACAUAUAUUCUAUAUCUUUAGCAAAAAUCUAACUCUAGCUGCUUGGGAUGGGACAGCUUUGGAUCAGUUCCAAAAUGGACUUUAUCAGCAAAUUGAGCAAUUGGAGGCAUGUGUAAUCAAAAAGCACACCCACUACUGUUGGAGUAAAGAAGUAAGCAGGCUGAAACUGAAAAAAUAUUUCCAAAAAAUAGAUUGUUUUCUUAAAGACAAACAACACAACCUGUGCUCCUGGGAGAUCAGCCGUGCAGAAAUGAGGAGAUGUCUCCAACUGAUUGAUAAAGUGACAAGGAAACUUAACAACUAAGGGUGUACAUACUUUCCUCGCUACCACUCAUCAAUGCAAGCCAAAGAAGCAAUAGGAGAGAUGGGUAUCAGGUAUGAAGCUCAAAUACCAGAAAUAAAACCAGCUAGCGACUUCACCACUCUCCAGAACAACAUAAAAGACCAAAGAAACAGACAGAAAUACUGGAGUAAUUUUUCAUUCUGGUGACACCCUGUCACAAACAUUACAGCCAAAUGUGUAUUUCUUGGGCUUUGUAACUAAUGGCACUUGAAAUGGCUGCCACCAUGGGACUGUUUCAAAUCUUAUUUCUGUUGCUUGUUUUUUGUACUUCUUCAAACCUGUACAAUAAAAGGACAUUCAGCCUA